CAGGAUGUCCUAAAAUGCGUUCCGUAUUAUUAUAGUUCUUAUGGUACUGGGAGAGCAGAUAACGUAAUUUCCGGCUCACUGCGAUGGUAUCAAAGGAAGUGAUGUAUUGCGCUUGCGCUAGCUCUUUUCACGGCGCGCUGAUUAUUCUCUGACAGUUGUAUAGAACCGCGAGUCUAUAGAACCAAGAUCUAUCUCCGACAAUUACUGGAAUCGCUGGCGGAAAGCAGGAGCAAGAUGUCUGUGAUUGACAUGUUCGUUGAGCUGCAGAGCGGUCUGAGCGCGGACCAGGAUGUGCGAGAGGAAAUUAGAAAAGUGGUACAGAGCUUGGAGCAAACAGCGCGGGAGAUUCUCAUCUUGCUGCAGGGUGUUCAUCAGGAAGCCGGAUUCAAAGACAUACCCGCAAAAUGCCUGAAAGCACGAGAGCACUACAGCACUGUCAGAGACCAGCUGGCCACCCUGCAGACCAAAUUCCCAGCUGAGCAAUACUAUAAGUUCCAUGACCAGUGGAGAUUUGUGCUGCAGCGAUUGGUGUUUUUAGCUUCUUUCCUUGUCUACCUGGAGACUGAGACUCUUGUAACCCGUGAAGCUGUGGCCGAGAUAUUGGGAAUUGAGUAUGUGCGGGAGAAAGGGUUUCAUUUGGAUAUUGAGGAUUAUCUAUCAGGGGUGUUGAAUCUUGCUAAUGAGUUGAUUGGCUGUUAACAGCGUAAUUGCAGGAGAUUAUUCCCGGCCCCUCCGCAUUGCCUCCUUCAUCAAUGAGUUGGAUUUUGGCUUCCGACUCCUCAACUUAAAGAACGACUCACUGCGUAAGAGAUACGAUGGGCUGAAGUACGACGUCAAGAAGAUAGAAGAAGUGGUUUAUGAUCUGUCUAUCCGGGGUCUCAGCAAGGAGGAGCCAACCCCUGCUGAGGGGAAGUAACAGACCCUCUUGGACCAGAAAGAUUAACCAUUGUAUAAAUGGACAACUGGAGGCAGCCAAACUUUAAGACUUGUGAUUGGCUGGAUUGGUACUGUCCUGUACUGUAAUGUUUAUUUUAGAUUUGUCAUGGUUGGUCGGAUACCAUGUUCAUUGUUGAACAGAUGUGCUUGACAUGAAUCCCUUACUACUUCUUUGUGUUUGUAUUUUCUGUGAGAAUCUCUGCAUACCCCCAGUUACUGACCCUGAAGUUAAACGACCCCAGGUUUUAGAGAAGACUUUAAUGGUAAUCCUGGUUUAUAACUGGUCCCCAUCGCCAUGCCCCUCUCAAUAAGAGUUAAUAAAGAACUUGGAAUGAG